AUGUUUGAGGACAAUUAUUCUGAUGAAGUAACUGGGCCAACUCUUCGCAUAGACAUACCAAGUUUAUCAACUCAAAAAGCAAGAAGUAUUACAAGCGAAAAAGUCUUUGGCGAUUUGGGUUGGAAGAACCUCUUAUUAGUUCAAUUUCAACGUCCGUUUACUUUCGCAAUUUACGUUGGUAUCAUAGCAUCUUAUUGCAUUAUAGUUUUCGAAGCUGGACUAUCGUUUUCCAUCCUACAAAACGAAACUCCCCUUGAGGUGUAUAUAACAAAAACGAAAGGAGUCAUUUACGCGUUCGACGCCUUUUUCUUCAUGGAUGUGAUGUUUAUGAUUAUCUUUAAAAAUACUGAGUGGCCCGAAUAUAGUCAUCGGUUUAAAGCUAGAAACGCUGGUAUAUUAAUCAUGGAGAUGUGUUCGUUGAUUCCAAUUGACGGGAUUUACUAUGCUAUUGCUGUAAAGAAGAAGCCGUCGUCGGUAAAUUUUUUACGAUUAAGAUAUGUUUUUAGAAUUAUUCGGAUAUUUUACGAUCAAAGAAUUCCGUCGGCGAUGACUAAAGAGCAAUCGUUGAUAAUAAAUACGGAAAAGUUGUUGAUAACCGUUGGGGUUAUGUGCUGCACGCUUGCUGCGUUGGUUCUUCCGUAUAUAUGCGAGUUAAAAUGUUUCCCAGAGGAGUUAGAUAACGUGAUGUAUUAUUAUUUAUACGUCGCUUCUGAGAAAAUUACCGGAAAAGGUUUUGGGAAGGUGUAUUUCCACGCAAACUUAAACAAAGGUUUUGCAAUUCAAGUAUUUAACUACAUAGGAUUUAUGGCGUAUUUAGUUAUGGGGUAUAUCGUAAGCAAAGCGAUUUGUAUGUAUAUUUCCAACGAUAAUCACGUAUAUUCAUAUUUAACUAAAUACAAAACUAUCAAAGACGAAUUAAAUAAUUGGCGAAAAAGAAAUCUUGCAAUGUGGAGGAUGCACGAUGAAUGUUUAGUUCGCACAAUUGAGGCAUAUUACCGAUUGAUUUGGACUAAAAAACGGUGGUGUGUAACUAUGGCUUUCACCCAAGAAGUUCUUCCUAAAGUUAUGUUUAAAGACGUUUACUUAGAUAUGUCAUGGAACGGGUUCAAACACUCCCACUUAUUCAAAAACCAAGAAGUACAUUUUCUUCGGGAAGUAGCAACCUAUAUGAAUCAUUUAGUUUGCGCCCCAGGCGAACUUCUUUACGGUAGAGACCGAGAAAAACAAGGAAUGUUUUAUAUUAAAACCGGCAUCGUGCAAGUUUUAUCAGAAGAAAAUGGCGAAACUCCAAUCAUAUCAUUUUCCGGUGGUACAUGUUUAGGAGAAUCCACUUUAAUAAUUGGUUACGACUCAAAUUGGAGCGUGAUGUGUAAAACGUAUUGCGAAAUAAGUUUUUUAAAACGUUCCGAUUUUAUCAAGGUGAGUUUAAUUUAUCCUCGCGAAUACCACAGAUUGAUAACAACGAUUUCAAGAAGAUAUUUAAAAGCUAGGCGAUACAGAGAAUUAUCUGAGUAUCAAUGGGAAAAAUUAUUAAUUACAAACCCCGAUACGGUAAUAAUGAUUUGGUUGAAAAAAACGUUGCAUCAAUUGGUUGAAAACGAAACGAUUUACAAACAAGAUGAUUCAUUUCGUGAGGAGGAGUUGGUUUUUUGUCCCGAUUAUUUAAAUCUUUUGGUGAUUACGGAAGAUAUUGAGUUGGUUAUUGAUAUGAUUUUUUUGAAAACUACGUUCCCGGCGAUUUUUCAACCCGAGUCUGUUGUUUUAGAUGGUUGGAACAUAUUCAUUAGUAUUAUUGCGUUAAUAAUUUUUCUUUUUUAUCCGUGUUAUGCACUUUAUUGCGGUACGAUUACACACGCAACUCACGUUCUUAUAUUAAGUAUUAUAACAUUUAUUUGUUUGACGGAUCUUUAUAUUCAAUCUUCAACAGCCGUGCGUACUAAAGAUACGCUUCUUACAACGAUACCUUCAAUAAUUUAUAAUCGCUUAACAAACACGGGAUUUUUGGUGGAUUUAUUUUCUUCGAUACCUAUUAGCAUAUUUUUUAUCUUAAUGAAUAAUCAGGUAUCAUACGAAACUUUGGUGCUAACUGAGAUUCAUAAACUUUUAAAAAUUUACCGAUUAAAUUUCACCUUUUCGAAAUUGGAGAUGCUUCGGAUUACUAAUAAGAUGGUUCUUAAGUAUUUUAAGGUUUUUUUGGUGGAUUUCUUUUUAUUUUAUUACACGGCUUUGGUUUUGUAUUACGUUAUUUGUAACUCAACGAGUCGUGGGUGCCCCAAAGAAUACCUUAAUUUGAUUGUUGAGUACUUUGAUGAUAGCCAAUUCAAUGUUUUGUUGCACCUUUUCACGGUUGCAAGUACUUUUUUGGGGAAUAUGACCUUCACGGAUUUGCUUAAAUUCAUUAAGUACGAUCAAGUUGGGAUUGUAAUAGCUGUCCAAUUCCUGUACGCUUUCUGCAGCGUUUUCGUUUUAGCGUAUAUUUGUAUUAUGGAGACGUUGCGCGAAAAAGAAGUGCAUCAAUACAAAGAGUUUGUGGCUACGGUUGAUGUGGUGUUGAAGGAUUUAAAUGUGAGCUCUGGAUUGCAACGAAGAAUUAGCUUGUAUUUGACGGAUCAAUUUUGGGAUAAUAAAGGUUUACACCUCUUAAACCCUAUGCUUUUUAAGAAUAAUAUGUCGAAUAAUCUUUAUUCGUUAAUGAAUCAAAUUCGAUACGAAAAGCUUCUUCACGAUUUACCUUUACUCGCCGACUUAGAAGAAACUAUAAUUAUCGAUUUUUCGCGAAAAUUAAAGGUGACUCAUUAUCCUCCAGGGGAAGUUAUAACUUACGCAGGGGAAGUGUGCAAAGAAAUGCACGUCAUUGAAGUUGGAUUUUGCCAAGUUUUGGGGAGUCAAAAUAAAAUAUUGCAUCCCAGUGAAAGUUUUUGCGUUAUCGAAACGUGUAUGCGAAUACCGACGUUUUAUACCGUGGUAACAUUAACCGAUUGUAACGUACUGUCUUUAUCGCAGAUGGAGUAUGCGAGGUUGGCCACUAAAUACCCAGAUUUUGGUGCUUCAAUUAGCGAAGCUUUGGAAUACACGAUUUCGGGGGAGAAAAUAAAUCAGAUACAGAGUACUAAUCGCGAGGUUGAUAUGUUAAAAGUGGACGUUAAGGAUCAAUUAUGCAGGAAAUUUAAUGUUAAGACUACUCUAGAAAAGAUGCGUUACUCCAGCGAAUUUGGAACUUUAAUGUUUUUCAUGAAGUUUAUUAUAAUGCGGCGCACUUUCCCCACAAAUGGUAAGUUCAUUUUUUAUUGGGAAUGGUCCAGAUUGAUUUUCGCGUUUGCCACAAAUAUCUUUACCAGAUAUGCAUACACCGCAGAUACAUCUUUCCCUUAUUACUUCUGUUUGUGCAUGGAUAUGACAGCUUGGGUCGAUAUCUAUGUAAGACACCACGUUUGCUACUACAACGAUAAAGGAACUGAAGUUAGCCAUCCGGCAAAAACCUACAUUCAUUAUUGGACCAACGGAUUAUUAAUAGACAUGCUUUCUUGCGCACCCAUCGAUUAUUUAUUCGGCCAACCAUCCACUAAACCUUAUUUAAAAUUAAACCGAUUUUUGCAACUAUAUCGCCCCCUUCGUUUAAUGAAAUACAUAAACGACAACAACAUAUCACGCUCGAAAUUGUACGAUUUGUUUAAAUAUAUUCCUUUCGUUUUUGUAACGAUCGAUUUUAUGAGCACCAUCGCUACAUACUUAACAUGCGCAUCUCCAAUCAACAUAAACCUCGAAAAUGUAUCUUGCACCGCUGAACAUUGGGCCAAAUUACAUUUGAAUAAUACGAAUCUUUCGCCACAACUCAAAUUACAUACAGCAAGUCUCAUUGUUACCGCUACAUCCCUCACGGUGGUUAGUUUCCAUCGUGUCUAUUUAAGUUCGAAACAAGAACUUCUCAACGCUGGGUUUUUCAUAAUAUUUGGGCACAUAUUUUUUGUGUGGAUGGCUGCUCGAUUGGUGUCGAAUAGUUUCUACAAUGAAACUGACUUAAUCGCUUACCAAGAAGCCAUGAGGCACUUAUUAACAUUCGUUGCUGCAAGAAAAAUCGAUAAGAACAUAAAAAACGAGAUCAUCGCGUAUUACGAGUUUAUGUGGAAAAAAACAAAAGGAAAAGAUUUGAUGGUGCUAUUAAACGCUUUUAGUACCGCCAUUAAAGAAGAUAUUCUAUACGACAUGUUUGGAAAGGCUCUGAAUACAUCAUCAACUUUUCUAACAGCACCCAAAUCCUUCUUCAAAAGCUUAUUAUUAGAAUCAACUUAUGAAGUAUACGUACACAAAGGAAUUAUUUAUAGAGUUAACGACGUGCACGGUUACAUCUACAUCCUUCUCAAAGGUACCAUUGAUGUUCUUGGGGCCGAUUACAACAAACUGCUUAUAUUAUCCCCCGGAAGUAUUUUUGGAAACUUAGAUAACGUUCUUCGGAGCAGACAAACAUUGACUAUGAUCGCAAAAGGACACGUUGAAGUAUUAAAAAUAGCUUCGCUUCAAUAUCACGUCGUGAUAUCAAAGUAUCCCCAAAUUAUGCGAUUUUACACUAAAUUAACCAGGUUUAACGUGGAUUACAUCGAAAAUCACGAUGAAGAUCUUAUGCAUAAAUACUCCACCAUGACAAUGCAGUCAAUUGCCUCAUUAACUCCUUCCGGAGGUAAAUGGCGCCGAUCUUCAAAAUCAAGUAGAAUGUCAGAUAAAGUCGAUAUAUUAUCAUUAAGUAAAAUGAGCGCCACACAAAAUUACUCAAAAGUUUUUAGGGUGAUCAAAAAUAAUGGUUGGAUUAAAUUUAUUCGCUUAUCAAUUAUUUGUAUAAGUUGCUUCUUUGGAUUUCAUUUAGAAAUAUAUCAAUUAGGAAAUUACGACGAUAACGUCAUAGUGAUCUGCCUCUUAUAUUUCUGCGACUUAUUAUAUUUGGGAAAAAUGUAUCUUGACUUUUUCACCAGCUAUGUCGACGACACCGGAUUAAUCGUAACCGAUUUAUUCUUAAUAAAAAAGCGCUACAUGAGCCAACCGUUUGGAUUUUAUUUCGAUUUGGUCGCCCUAAUUCCCGCCGAAUUAUUUUCAUUGGGCUUUAUCACUCAAUCGUACUUUUGGAUCAUAUGGACAUGGUUCAGAAAAAAUCGCUUAAUAAAAGUAAUAUAUUAUUUUUAUUUAUUGAAAGUAAGCAAAGCUAAAUUACACGUAAACGUAAAAAUUGUCAGCAUCAUCCAUAUAAUAUCCUGGUUAACAAUCCUCCUUCAAACAAUGAGCAUUCUAUUAUUAAUGUCCCAUAUCAUUGAAAACACCAACCACGAAGACAAACUCUCACUUUUAAUCAAUUCGUUUGAAAUGAUAACUUAUGCAGCUUCCGGUACAGCUCUUACAGAGGCACCAUUCACGUUUACCAUCUAUUCGAUAAUCAGCGUAUUAAUAACAAUGUUAGUUUGCAAGUUCUUCAUCACUUUAUUUAUAGCGGAAUUAUGCUCGUUAAUCGAAAACGUCUACCAGAACAAAAGCAAGUAUCGUAUAUACGCUUUAUAUUUAAAAUAUCAACUCAGAGAAGAAGAUGUUUCCGUACCUCUCCGCAAACGAGUGGGUGAAUAUCUCAAUUUACUUUGGAUUCAUCAUCGAGGAUUUCAAUAUCCAAGCCUAUUAAACCAAGCGCCUUAUUACUUAAAAGAAGCCAUUUUAAACGCAAUGUAUGGUUUCCAUUUACGUAGACAUCCCCUCAUUAAACACUGCCAUACAGAUCUUAUCAGACAAAUGUCGGCCACGUUCGACGUCUUAAUAUUCUUUCCGGGAAAUUUUGUUGCUUACAUUGGGGAUAUCGACGGAUGCAUGUAUUUCAUACAUAAAGGAGAAAUUCAAGUAUUAAUCGAAGACAGUUUGCAGCAUGAAAAUGCUGUAGACGUGUUACGAACUGGAGAUUGUUUUGGAUUAGAUCAGGGAUUGUAUAAAAAUUGCGGACAUGAUUAUAGUUACAAAGUAACAAAAAAAUCUAUUGUUAUCGCACUUAAUAAAGACAAAUGGUUUCAUUUACUUAAAUUUUUUCCCGCUUCAAAGACCGUUUUGUUCGAUCUUAGGAAUGCAUAUAUGGAUAAUUAUUAA